AUGUCAGAGGGGGCGGGCACAUUCCGCAUGGUCCCUGAAGAGGAACAAGAGCUCCGUGCCCAACUGGAGCGGCUUACAACCAAAGACCACGGACCUGUCUUUGGCCAGUGCAGCCAGCUGCCCCGCCACACCUUGCAGAAGGCCAAGGACGAGCUGAAUGAGAGGGAGGAGACCCGGGAGGAGGCGGUGCGGGAGCUGCAGGAGCUGGUGCAGGGGGAGGCAGCCUCGGGUCAGGAGCUGGCCGUGGCCGUGGCGGAGAGGGUGCAGGGAAAGGACAGCGCCUUCUUCCUGCGCUUCAUCCGCGCGCGCAAAUUCCACGUGGGCCGAGCCUACGAGCUGCUCAGAGGCUAUGUGAACUUCCGGCUGCAGUACCCAGAGCUCUUUGACAGCCUCUCCCUGGAGGCUGUCCGCUGCACUGUCGAGGCUGGCUACCCUGGUGUCCUCUCCAGUCGGGACAAGUAUGGCCGAGUGGUCAUGCUCUUCAAUAUUGAGAACUGGGACUCUGAAGAAAUCACCUUUGAUGAGAUCUUGCAGGCAUACUGUUUCAUCCUGGAGAAGCUACUGGAGAAUGAGGAAACUCAAAUUAAUGGCUUUUGCAUCAUUGAGAACUUCAAGGGCUUUACCAUGCAGCAGGCUGCUGGACUUCGGGCUUCAGAUCUCAGGAAGAUGGUGGACAUGCUCCAGGAUUCCUUCCCAGCCCGGUUCAAAGCCAUCCACUUCAUCCACCAGCCGUGGUACUUCACCACAACCUACAACGUGGUCAAGCCCUUCUUGAAGAGCAAAUUGCUCCAGAGGGUCUUUGUCCACGGAGAAGACCUCUCCAGCUUCUACCAGGAGUUCAACGAGGACACCCUGCCCUCCGACUUUGGGGGCACACUGCCCAAGUAUGACGGCAAAGUCGUUGCUGAACAGCUCUUUGGUCCCCGGGCCCAAGCUGAGAACACAGCCUUCUGAGAACAUCCCCUGCCAUCUGAUCUGUAGUUAGUGUCCCUGGGCCUCUCCUCAGCUGCCCUGGACCCAGAAGGCUGGGAAAAGGGCUGCCUGGGAUGACUGUGGUUCCUCUGAACCUUCCUAAGCUUGGGUGAG